AGAUGGCCGCUGACCACUGGUGAAUGGUCAGUGAAUGAGCUCCGUGAGGGGCGGAAGCGGGGCCCGGGUCCGUCCGGAAUAGCGCUCCCCGGACUGCCGGCGCGUAGCCGAGGCUGGGCCCGAUGAGCAAGGCGUGGCGGAGGGGGGGCGCCCCCGGCGGCAGGAUGGAGGGGGCCGAGGCGGGGGACCAGGACGAGUCCAGCGGGCACGGCUCCCACAAGAAGAAGCACAAGAAGCACAAGAAGAAGCACAAGAAGAGGCAUCACCAUGAGAACGUGGGGCCCAGCUUCUCCUCCGAGACGCUGGAGUCCAGCCCCUUGCUCCCCAAGCCCCAGCUCAAGCUCAAAAUCAAGCUGGGCGGGCAGAUCCUGGGCACCAAGAGCGUGCCGACCUUCACGGUGAUCCCCGAGGUGCCGCGCUCGCCUUCCCCCCUCAUGGUCGUGGACGACGAGGACGAGCCCAUGGAGGGGGUCCCCAUUGAGCAGUAUCGGGCCUGGCUGGAUGAAGACAGUAACCUGGACCCAUCGCCCCUGCCGGACCUGGACUCGGAGAGCUGCUUCCCUGCCCGCGAGGACGAGGAGGAGGAGCGCUGGCUGGAUGCGCUGGAGAAGGGCGAGCUGGAUGACAACGGCGAGCUCAAGAAGGAGGUGGAUGAGUCACUGCUCACGGCCAGACAGAAAGCCCUCCUGCACAAGCAGCAGAGCCAGCCACUCCUGGAGCUGCCCAUGGGCUACAAGGCGAAGGAGAUGACGGAGGAGAUGCUGGUGAAGCGGGAGGAGCGAGCCCGCAAGCGGCGCCUGCAGGCGGCCAAGAAGGCAGAGGAGAACAAGAACCAGACCAUCGAGCGCCUCACCAAGACCAACAAGGCCAAGGUGAAGACACUGCGGGAGCGCAAGGCCAAGCAGGCUCCAUGCCCCAUGAUCCGCUACUGCAACGCCGCGGACCGGAUCACCGUGUCCUUCCCGCCCGGGGUCACGCUGCCACUGCCGCCCGGCACGCCACCGCCCGUGCCUGCACCCACCACCUGCGGGGUCAGCGGCUGCCCCAAUCGCAAGCGGUACUCCUGCUCACGCACCGGCGUGCCCCUCUGCAGCUUCGCCUGCUACCAGAAGAACCUGCAGCUGCAGGAGGCGGUUGGCUAGGGCUCCUGGCGCUGACCCUGCUGCCAGGCUCCACCUCUUCGAGGGCUUGGCUGAAGAUCCCUGCGUCCUUCUGGGGAGGUUCAGGGGGGAUGUUCACCCUCCAUCAGCUCAGGACGUGGCUGCUGCCCUUGUGACUGCGAGCUGAGGACCCUGGUGUCCGGGACCCCUACUGGGACUGGCUCAUUCCCUGGGAGCUGAGUCAGGUCUGAGCCCAGCGUUGCUGCAGGGUUGGGCCUAUCUGCCCCAGGCCGGCACUGAGGCCCCAGAGCAGUUUACGUGACUCCAUGCAGCCUGGCCUCCUCAUGUCUCUCCCUCCCUCCCUGGUGACUGGGAGGGAUGGGAAAUGGCACAGGCGGUGACUGGGCUCGGCUGUGUGGGGUCUCCAGGCCCUGCCACAAGGAGGUGUAUCCCACCCUUUGGUGCAUUGCUGAGCUCUGCUGUGCUUGGGGGAGGGAGGAGCUUCUUCCAGCUGUCAGUGGAUGGGCUGGCCGGGCCCCUACACUCCUCUGCCCCAGUGCAGGGGACCAGCACUAAGCAGGACCUGGUGUGUGCCCAGACUGGGACUCCCUCCACAUGCUCCGAGCUCCCUCUGCUGGACCCGGGUCCCAGGAGAGUUGCGCUCUUGGGUGCACAUGUCCUAGAGCUGCAAUUCCUCAGUCUUCCGCUCAUCCUGUGCUGGGGCUGGCAGCACCUCUGCUCCCUCACCGGACCCAGCGGCCCUGUGCAGAGCACUCGGUGGGGGAAUCCCAGGGCUGGCAGUGCCUCCCCCAGCUCCCCUGCACCCAGCGACCCUGUGCA